ACUAUCACCAAAUCCUUUUGCUUUCAUUUUUGAAACCUAGGUGAUUUAACCCCAUCUACAAAGAAAGCCACGUUUCUAACUGUUGUAUAUAUGCCUCUGCAGAACCUUCAACAGUGAGAAGUCGUCGUGCCCCUCCACGUUAUUACAUCAGCUUUUCCAUCUGUUUUCCCCACCACUUUUCUGUUUUUAUAUACCAGGAUUUUGGAAACCUACAGGGGAAAUGGAAGCUAACAAGAGUGAAUAGGAAGUGGUGCUAAAUGGCGCUGGGAAAGUGAGGAUUUCCUCUUUUCUAUAUCAAUGACUGGGAUGUUUCUCUGUCCUUCAGCAUGUAUUAGGUUGAAGUGUGUCUCAAUCUCUGUCAGUUUAUUUUGGAAUCCAGAACAUGUAGUCAGAUGUGGUGUUUGAAUAAUCUGCCCUCAACUCUUCAAGUCACAGCCAACUAUUGAAAGAUGUUUUGGGGAUCCUUAAGUUCUUGGUUUUGGUGCCAUGUUGUAACACUUAGUGGUCAGCUUGGCAGGGAAUGUGCCAUCUGGGCAACACUACCAAAGUGUGGAGAUGCCUAUUUAUGAAACUCCUCAAUGUCUUUUGGGAUGUGGGGACCUGUAUUAAAGCAAGAAUCUCAGACAGUAGUACUUAGUGGGAGGAGCUUCAAGGAAACCAGAAACCAUUUCAAAAUAGCAAUUUCAUUAGAAGAAUGAGGACUUAGCACAUCUGUUUUCUAUACCUUUUGCUAAUAGUUCUCAGUGUGCUUAUGACAGAGAUCAAAGCAUUUUGGGGGUGGGAAUGGGCGCACAUGUUGCUCUGAUAAUAAUAAAAAAAAGACAGGACAGGUACUGAUGAAGGAGAUAGAAAACAAAGCCUUCUUAGAGGUUGUAACACCUAAGAAAGAAAGGAGGAAAAAAAAAUUGAGUAGCUGUCCCUGUAAUCAUCAUUUCUUUAUAUUCAAAGAAGGAAUUCAUCAGCUGAGCAUCUUCCUAUUCCUCCCUCCCCAGUCCCAGUAUUAAAGACCGAUACCUUUGGAAAUCUUCCCCAAAAUCAGUCCAUGUGACAGAUUUGAAAGGUGGAGGUUUGUUCGCCCUUUGUCCUUUUUUCAUUGAGGCAAUAUUGUUCUACACGCACAAUCCAUAGGUAGAAACUAUUCUUAAGGGCUAUCUUUAAUCAGCAGGCAAGUAGUGAACUAGUUAUUACAGAUCCUCAUAAGCAAAAAAUAACAAUUUUGCAGGUAAAGAGGACAAUUUUUUAGGGCUGUCUUCAUUAUCUUCUCAGAAAUAAGUUGUAUGAUAAAGCAAGUUUCCUUCAAAGAAGCUUGGCAAAAGGAUAUAUUUUACAGGUACCCUUUGCACUGUUGAAGGAUCAGCCAGAGUAGAGAGACAAGAUUUCAUGAAUCAAGAAAAUUGGAGUGAAUUUGAAAUAGAAGAGCAACAGCUCUUGAAGGAAGUUAGGUUUGAAAAUUCUGUUAUAUUAUAAAUGUAUUUCUUUCGUUCUGUAGAAUUUUGGGGUGUGCAUUUCAAUCAUUUAGAAAGUUGAGUGUGUCGACGUGAUACUGCUUCUUAAAGUGAGAGCAGCAGUUGCUGUACCUAAAUUUGCAUCUGCAUUGGAGUCAAGACAGUGUAGAGGGCAUGGACCUUAGGGAUGUAUUGUAAUAACAGUAAUUGUUCUUCACCUUAAACUUCACUGGAGGACUUAACAAUGUUUUAAUCACACAGCCCAGGAGCUGGCUGCCAGUCCUGGGUUUGCUGUAGGAUUGUGGCUGCCCUUUCAGACUACAUUUUAGCUCCUGUCAGAGUUCUGCCAGAUUGGCAUCUUUGAAGCCAAACUGGUUUUGAAGGGAGAAAAUACUUUUCUUAUAGCCUCCUUUACAUUAAGGUCCACUAGGACAUUAUUUCCUCCGGUUUCCCUCAUCUGAGGUGAGAUGGGAAUCAAAACCACUUCUAAAUACCACUUUGGAAAUGAAGCUUCCCAUGGGCCAGUUUUGCCACUUUUGUUUACAUUCACAUCAUAUGAAAUUUUUAAUUGAUCAGAUGGCUUUUUUUUCUAUUUAAAAACUCAUCUAUAACAAUCUAAUGUAAGUUCAAAACAUGCAUAUUUUUUUAUCUCUGUUCUGAAUGUGAGAACAAAAGCAAAAUAAUAAGCCAAGGGUGUGUGUGUUUGUGUGUAUGCACGUGUGUAUGUGUGUACGUGUGUGUGUGUAUGUGUAACAAAAGCAACCUCAGUUUUCCUAAAAACAUUUUCUUAGAACAUCAAGGUUAUAGGUAUAGACAUUACUGAUUCUCUGGCCUUCUGCAACUGGAUAUUAACCAGCAAGGUGAACAUUGCUUUUCACACUUUGUUGGGCUUGAUAUAGUAGCUCCUUGCCUAGAAGAAUCAGCUUGUCUAGGAAUGUCAGCAUUUUUUCAUAUCCAUUUAUCUCUAUUUGUAUUGCCUUUCAGUUCCUCCAUAAUAGUUGCAAGUCAAUGAAGCAAGUUUCUAUAGCAAAGACUUGCUUUCUUACCCUCAUAACUUAGGUGUGAUUUCCUGACACCUUCAAAAUAGGAAAAGAAAAAUCUUUUUUUGUCUUAUCAAGAGAGUAUUACUAUUUAAUGUCAUUCAGGGACAAAGGUGGGGUUUAGUAAAAUUAGAUAGUUUUGGGGUCCUUCAGCCCUAGAAUUGUCCCUGAGAGCCUUUUCUGAGUAACUUUAAAACAGAGUUUGAGGCAGCUGCUGACUGUGAGAGCGAAUGCACCAUGCCUGUAGGAGAUCUGCUGGGCUUGCUGGACCAGACUGUCUCCAGUCUCCCAGUGAGUAAGGCUGACCUCUAUUCCCCCUCCUCGCCUUGUGGUAUGUAAAUAUUGUAGCCUUUCUCUAGGAUUUUGGACUGUACCAUAGCUAUAAAUAAAAGACUCAAGCUCUUGAGAAUUAAAUUCAUCCUGAUCAAUCUGGGUGAUCACAGCCAGUUAAAACGGUUUAGGAAAAGCUUGCUCCAGAUUGACUGAUUCAUAAUUUUUCUUUGUAUUAAAUAUCAGGCUUUUCUCUCCAGUUUUUGUACUGAAAAUUAUUUACAGUUCCAUAAAGACUUGAGGUAUUACUCUAGAAUCCCCAUUAUUUAUUAUAGUUGUUAUAGUAACUGUGGAAUCCAAGUGUUUUUCAAAGCAUUAUUCAACUUUUGCAAUGCAGGCAGAAAAGAUUUCAGAGGGAGGGUGAGCCCAGAACCCUGGUUGUGGGGUUCAUCUAUGGUUACAGCCAUGGAUUCUACCUAGUCUGGCACCUAGUCCACAUCUCUUCUGAAAUCUGCUAUAAGAGGGAGUGAAAGGCAGCCUCUUCUACACCCUCAUGACAAGUCUAGGUGGCAUAGGAGCCCCAGCAAUAGCUGGAGGAGGGUCCGAAUUACCUGCAGGGCAGUUCCAAAGCAUUAUAUUUGCAUAGUUGCUCUUUGGAAUUGCUAUCACCAAAUGCUCGUAGGAGGCCAUAAGAAAACAGAUGUGUGUAGAGGAAGAAAGUGAGUUGUGUGGUUGAAAAACAGGUGUGUUACUCUUAAUCUUGAAUCAAGAGAGAACUAUGUUAACAAUAGACCUUUGUACAAACAUUGAUGGAGUGUGAAAGAGGGAACCUGUAUUGCUUUGAGACUUGUGACCUGCACUGCCCAUGUCUAGCCAGUCAAAGUGAAUGGGGUCAGGGCUAGCUGCCUUCAUCUAUGCAGUCACAAAGGUAAAGAUGAUACUGGAGAGUACAUUCCCUCCCCACCAACAACCUUGGCAAGACUUGCUCAAUAACACCUUUGCCUGAGAUAGGGCUAUGCGUCUUCUCUUCCACACCCUCACGACAAGUCUAAGUGGCUUAGGACCCAGAAGCGUGGACAUGGAUGUGGACCAUCCCUCUGAGCAGCUCUAAAGUAGGGCCAGUCACACUGCCUCCCUGUCAGAGCCCUAUUGAAUAAGAGACGCUCGCUGCUGGUGAGAGGGUAUGACCAGGAUUCCUGGAGUUGGAAGAUCUUCAGCUUCAUCAUCUUUGAAUAACAAGGAAGAAAAUGAAAGAGAUGUGGCCUUUCUUAGUCGCGAGGAUCCUGCCAGAGGACUUUCAGAGGAGCCCUCCAACCUUGACCCGAGCAUGCAGGCCCCUCCCUGCAGCCUCCCUGCCGGGCUCAGCCUGGAUGACUUCAUUCCCCGCCACCUCCAGGCCCACGUAGGGUCUUCCUCCCGGGGCACACGGGUGCCUGUGAUCCGGAACGGUGGCUCCAACACCCUUAAUUUCCAGUUCCACGACCCUGCGCCCAGGACCGUGUGCAAUGGGUACUUCCCACAGAGGAGAGAUGCUUCCCGGCACCCAGAUCCUGCUUGGUAUCAGACCUGGCCAGGCCCUGGGAGUCACCCAUCUGGGAGUCAGAAGAUCCCUGUUUCCCAGCAUGCCCAGAACUGGUCAGCGACGUGGACCAAGGACAGUAAACGUCAGGACAAGCGCUGGGUCAAGUAUGAGGGAAUCGGGCCAGUGGACGAGAGCGGCAUGCCAAUUGCACCCCGAUCUAGCGUUGACAGCCCCAGGGACUGGUACCGGAGAAUGUUCCAGCAGAUCCACCGGAAAAUCCCAGACCUGCAACUGGACUGGACCUUUGAGGAACCACCCAAAGGGGGCUCCUGCAGCGCCACAUCAACAGACUCAAGGCAUCCAGGGCUCCAGCAAAAACCUGCCUCCAGGCCAGGCCAGUCCUCUCUGAGUGGAAGAAACUGGAACUCUGAAGAGUUUCCUAGGCGUACCUUCAACUCUAACCUUGGAGCAUCUUCCUCUCCGGUGCACACUCCAAAUCAGGUACACAGACGCAGAGAGAAAGCGGACAACAUCUGGACAGAAGAGUCUUGGAAUCAGUUUCUGAAAGAAUUAGAGACUGGGCAAAAGCCCAAGAAGCCACUGGUGGACGACCCUGUUGAGAGACCCUCCCAGCCCAUUGAGGUCCUGCUGGAGAGGGAGCUGGCCAAGCUGAGCGCGGAGCUGGACAAGGACCUGCGGGCCAUUGAGACUCGGCAGCCGUCCCACAAGAGCUCGCCGGCGCCCGGACGGCCCCGGCCCGCGCGGCCCGCGGCGGGCCCAGCCUCAGCCUGGAGCUCCAGCACCCCGAAUGCACUUUACCUGGGUUCCUCCCGGCCCCUGAGCCCCCACAGAAUGGCGGAUGGAGGAAGCCCCUUCCUAGGUCGUAGGGACUUUGUCUACCCUCCCUCAGCCCGAGACCCCAGUGCCUCUGAAGGAGGGGGCAGCCCUGCCAGGAAGGAAGAGAAGAAGAGGAGGGCUGCCAGGCUCAAAUUUGACUUCCAGGCACAGUCCCCCAAGGAGCUGACUCUGAAGAAGGGGGACAUUGUGUACAUCCACAAGGAGGUGGACAAGAACUGGCUGGAGGGAGAGCACCAUGGCCGGCUGGGCAUCUUCCCUGCCAAUUACGUGGAGGUGCUGCCUGCAGAUGAAAUCCCCAAGCCCAUCAAGCCCCCCACCUACCAGGUGCUGGAGUAUGGGGAAGCCGUGGCCCAGUACAACUUCAAGGGGGAUCUGGAGGUGGAGCUGUCCUUCCGCAAGGGCGAACGCAUCUGCCUGGUCCGCAAGGUGAAUGAGAACUGGUACGAGGGACGCAUCUCAGGCACAGGGCGCCAGGGCAUCUUUCCUGCCAGCUACGUGCAGGUCACCCGGGAGCCCCGGCUCCGGGUCUGCGACGAAGGCCCCCAGCUCCCUGCAUCUCCCCAGCUGACUACCACCCACCUGGCCAGUCACCCCAGCUCCCCCUCAAAAUUACGAAGCACAGCUGACAACACCGACUGGGGGGGCCGGACCUCACCCCACCGCCCUGGCUUUUCCUCCCCAACUCAGGAGCUUAAACUCCAGGCCCAGGGUCUCGGCACCCCUGCCUCAGCUUUGACCCAUCAUGGAGGCUCCAGCCGUGCCAUGGACGUGGGGACCUCCUCCCCCAACACCACUCAGAUACACUGGACCCCGUACCGGGCGAUGUACCAGUACAGGCCCCAGAAUGAGGAUGAGCUGGAGCUGCGAGAGGGGGACCGGGUGGAUGUCAUGCAGCAGUGCGAUGACGGCUGGUUUGUGGGUGUCUCCCGGAGAACCCAGAAAUUUGGAACAUUCCCUGGAAAUUAUGUAGCCCCGGUGUGAGUGGUCUCCACGGCAACUCAAGAGUCCAGCCAGGUUGGGGUGGGGAGCAGUAGCACUUAUGGGAGGGAGAGAGGACCCCCCUCCCACAUCCUCCUGCCCCAGGACCUGAACUGUUGGCAUCUGCAGACAACUCCAACAGCCUUUCCCUUGGAGCCCCCUGGAGCCCCCUGGACUGAUUCCCACCCACAACUCACAAGCAUUCCUCUGACAGUCCUUUUAUUUCCUCCCCUACCCCACUCCCCAAAUAUAGAGGUCUGCUUUGAAGUGGAGAUGGUUUCCAGCCUUAUUGAGACCAGACCCCCGAGUCCCCCACCCCCACCCUGCUAUGGCGUUUCCUCUAACAGGGACCAGCUCCCAGCUUCACCCCCAUGGGGUUCCUCUAACAAGGACCAGCUUCCUAACCUAACAGACCAAAGGCUGCCUCUGCCUGGAGGGGGUUCCUCCCCUUUCCAGCUUGCCCCCACCCCUUGCCUGCCUGCUUCCAGCUGAGCCUGGGAGUGUCUUGGGGGUUGGACACAGCACCUUCUUAGCAGUCAAGGCCUGGCAAGAGUUCUGUGCAAAGGCCUCCUCUUCCCAGAGACUGCCAAGCCCUGAGCCGGGCCCUGCAGAUGUCCUGCUGCUGUAGUGCCCAGGAGGGGUGGGUCUGGAGAACUGUCCUCUUCCACAUGUCUGCAGGAGAGACUGAUAUGUACUGCCCUUCCCAGCUCUGCCCAGCCCCUAAGUCUCCCCUGGAAGAGAAUGUACAAUAAAUCUGGAUACCAGGGACCUGCCUUGCAGUUCUUUUCCUUUGGGGUGGGAGAGGCCUCCUCUUGAGUGUGCGUGUGUGUGUGUGUGUGUGUGUGUGUAAGGGGAGGCUGGAAAAGCACUGUCAUUAGCUCUAAAGAUCUCAGGUCUCAGGCAGAAUUGGGCAGCCCCCAGGAUUGGGCAGCUGUCUGACCAGCAGUGUUAAGAGAACAACUAAUGUCACAUGGACCAGGGCAAGACUGAUUGUGGGGAGAAACCAGAGACAGGAGCUGAAUGCAGCCUUGUUUGCAGACUGUUUUGAUUCUGGAGCCACUGUGGGGUUGCUGGACUAGAUGACAUCUCGGCUGUUCUGCUCCUAAUGCUUUCCUUCUGCGGACUCCGUUUCCACACCGAAGCUCUCAAGCAUUUGUUUACUUGUUUGGGCUCAGGUCUUUGAGCAGUCAGUUGUGGGAACUGGGAGUGGGGGGCACAGCUAGCCAGUGACUUCUUGCCCUGGGUUUCAGAGUCCUGGGGUUGUGGUGGCUGUGGCGUGGCAGCAGUGCAUCAGUCUGGGCUGGCUGCUCUGUUCUGUGGCAGCUGCUAGGAAGCUAAGCGGGCAUAGGUGCUAUAAAUUCUUUAAUGUUAAGUGUCCCAGCAGGAGGAUAUGAUUCCAUUUUACAGGAGGAGAGACGGAGGCCAAGAAAUUUUGUCUAGAUCACAUCACUAUGAAAUGCUGGUCCUAUCAAUGACUUGCCACCUCUCUGCACAAAGCCUACCAAGUGCCCAGGCAGGCUGUGUGCAGAGGCCCCAGAGAAG